CAACUACAAUCGACAAAAUGAAGAAAAAGGUGCUGCUAAUGGGAAAGAGUGGAUCUGGCAAGACCAGUAUGCGAUCGAUUAUCUUUGCGAACUAUAUCGCCCGCGAUACACGAAGGCUGGGAGCGACAAUCGAUGUGGAACAUUCACACGUACGCUUUCUGGGUAAUCUCGUGCUUAAUCUGUGGGACUGCGGUGGCCAGGAAUCGUUCAUGGAGCAGUACUUUGCCUCACAGAAGGACAACAUCUUCCGGAACGUGGAGGUGUUGAUCUACGUGUUCGAUGUGGAAAGCCGCGAGUUGGACAAAGACAUGCACUACUACCAGUCCUGCCUGGAGGCACUGCUCGUAAAUUCGCCCAAUGCGAAAAUCUUUUGCCUCGUGCACAAAAUGGACCUGGUCGCGGAAGAGCAACGGGACAUAAUAUUCAAGGAGCGUGAGGAAGAUUUGAAACGCUGUUCGAGACCGCUAGAGUGUACGGCCUUCCGGACUAGCAUCUGGGAUGAAACGCUGUACCGGGCGUGGAGUAGCAUCGUGUACCAGCUGAUACCGAACGUGAAGGCACUGGAGCACUCGCUCAAUUACUUUGCUAAUGUGGUGGAUGCGGACGAGGUGUUGCUGUUCGAGCGGGCAACAUUUUUGGUGAUUUCACACUGCCAAAGAAAGCAGCACCGGGAUAGCCAUCGGUUCGAGAAAGUUUCGAACAUUAUCAAACAGUUUAAAUUGUCUUGCUCGAAGCUAGGGGCAAAGUUCUCAUCGAUGGAGGUGCGCAACAGUGUGUUUGCCGCGUUUAUAGACACAUUCACGAGCAAUACGUACGUGAUGGUGGUAAUGUCCGAUCCAUCGAUACCGUCGGAGGCGACGCUGAUCAACAUUCGGAAUGCGCGCAAGUACUUUGAGGAGUUGGAAAAUCCAAACAGUAACAGCAGCACGACCAAUAGUCAUCAUCUGCAUCAUGCAGCGAUUAACCACGCAGGGCACGGGAUGGUAAAUGGAGGGGGCCACCCGAACCAUUAUGCUGGCAGUGGAGGAGGCUAUCAUCAGUACGCUGGUCCGCAACAGCAGCAACAGCUCUACCAACAACAGCAACAACAACAGCAGCAGGCUCACCACCUAACGCAAUAUCAAUCCUACCACCAUAAUACGACAACGAACGCUUACCACUGAUACCUGUACCGGAAGAAGUACUACUACUUCCGGUAAGCCAAAACGAAUAACUAGGACGCGAUCUUCCAGUAGCCUGAUGCCGUUGAUGAUGUUGGGGGCGUUUUCCUUCGCAGUCAUUUGUUUUACAUUUUUACUUGGCAAAGGGACGACACAAAA